AGACCGACUUUGCCUGAACGUGAGUCAUGAAUGAAUGACUUGUGGACGUCUUGGGCAGAGGACAGUUUAGGGAACAGGCUGACAAGCAGGCGCAACACUUCCUCAAAACACUGUAACCGCUUCAACACUGACUGACGAACUUUACUCCGCUGCACUUUUAUCGUCCCACCUUUGAAACCUCAGUAAAGAUAAUAUUUAACAGCUCAGACAGCGUUACGCACAACUUUGGCGUUCCUCUGCGCGUGUGGAUCGAUGGAGUUGUGAUUUGGACGGUCAUUGGAUAUUUCACGCUCCAGCUAAACGCAGGCACAAUGGUUGGUGUUUGUUUGUUGAUACUCACAUGUCGAUGUAAAGUUGGGGGAUUUUCCUCCUCACAGGGAGCUGAUUUUCAUCCUCCUUCUGUCUGUGUCACCAGGUUUCCAUCGCUAAGGUGCUCCUCGGACUCUUCGGGGUGACAGUGGUCGUCGUUUUGAUAGCGGUGCCCACAGCUGUGUUUUUAAAGGGUGAGUUUGUGCUCUUGAUCGAUGAUUCCCAUAUUGGCGUUAGUUGUGCAUUAUUUGACGCACGGUGAACUGAAAGAAAGUUGCGCACGCGUCAUUACGCACGGAUCACUUUUAAAAUGCACCAUUUCAAGUUCAUAAAAAAAGCUCAAAUGAUUCAUAAUGUAUAUUUGUACGUCACGGUUUCCCUUUCUUUUCUAUCACGACAUGCACAUACCUCUGAACAGCUUCAUCCUCUCUCAGUAAACAUUUCCAUAAUUACCCCCUAACCCACAGACGUAAGCUUUAUUCCACAUGUCAUUAUCAGCCCGUGUGGCACUUAUCUCCCCCUUUAUGAUUAUAAUGAUGUGAGUGUUAACAGGUUUUAUCCCUCUGACCCCUGACCUUUCAAAUUGAACAUGUGUUUCAGAGGACAAGGAGAACACGAAUAAGAAGUUGUUCUCUCUGGAGGACGCCUUCAACAGUACGCUGAAACCAAAGUCCUUCAGUUUGAGGUGGCUCUCAGGUGAGACUCAGUUUAUCAGCAGAGUUAGGUAUAAAAAGGGAGUGACGUGAUCGAUAACAAUCACAGGAUUAAUUACAACACCAACAUUUCUAGUAUGUCAUUUGUAAACCACCUAAAGUUACUCUAGUGUGCUAAAUAUUCUACUUAUCUCAAAGUAUCUUCAGUUUUGAUUGGCAGAUUAUAGGUUAUCUGAAGAUAUACCCCUGGCUUUUCUGUAAAACAAAACACAAAUUUGAGUUUCUACUCCUCUUGAACAUUUCUAAAUAUCUACAGGACAGAAUAAAAGUGCAAAAAUCCUUGUCAUGGUCCCAAGAGGAAGUUUCCAAAUGCCUUUAUGAUCCCUUGACUUUUCUGUAACACAGAUAGCCAGAGGUGGGGGAAAGUCCUUAUGUUCAAGUCCAAGUCGAGUCUCAAGUCUUCGUUCUCAAGUCUCAAGUCAAGUCCAAGUCCUUACCGUUUCGUUCAAGUCAAAAACAAGUCAUAUCAAAGCCAUAAACCAUUUGUUAUAUGUAAAGAUUUACAUAAAUCAUGAGCAUUUUUCACUGUUUGCAUUUAUUAUUAAACAAGGGUUCUUGUUUGUGUGAAGUUACAUAGUGCAGCUUUAACCAAACUAUUUUACAUGUCAUACAAAAAAUAAUCAGAUAAACUUCAAUAAUUGGAAACUUAAAUAAGGAAGACUCAAAUACAAUUAAACAUUAAACUGAUACUCUAAUUCACUGUUCCAAAACAAAAGAGAGACACAAGGCAACGCGUGGAAACAGGCGGGCAAUACUAGCGAGCGAUUUAUGUUCAGUCCUCCCGGUGUUGUCGUUAUGAGGGAGGCUAGAGUUUGAGACAGUGUUGCCAAGUUUCGUGAGAGAAAUAUGGAAACAGACCUCCAGAAACAAGCCAAAAACAACACGGUGUUACCAACGGCCGUAAUUCCUGACUAUUAGUUGAUGCAACACUUUUUAAACGGUUUGGGCUGUAAGGUAUUAAGUGACUUGAAAAGACUUGAAAAGACUUUUCAAGUCACUGGGCUCAAGUCAAGUCAAGUCAAGUCUCAAGUCUUUAGCAAUCAAGUCUCAAGCAAGUCCAAGUCAUUUCUUGAUUCAUCAAGCAAGUCAAAAACGGGACUCAAGUCCAAGUCGAGUCGUCAAGCCCCCACCUCUGCAAAUAGCAAAGAUAUGUUCUCGUGCAGAUAGGAAUGGUAGUACUUAGAUGUCUAAUGUAAAUUCCAGGUAAUUUAAACUUGGUAGUGAAAAUGAGGAAUUCAUGAUUCAGCCCACAAUGUUGCAUGUGAUAACUUUCAUUUUUCUGUUCCUCAUUCCCAGACAAUGAGUUUCUGUUCAAGUCCCAAGGUGCAAUCCAACGCCAAAACUGUAACACGGGAGAGAUCAAAGAGUUUUUGAGCCAAGACUUGUUCGUAAGUUAAUUUUCUCUUUGUGCGUCCACCAAAAAGAAUGUAUCAAACAAACAUCUACACAACAGGGCACCAACAAUUUUCUUAUUUCCUGAAUAGAAUCAAGCAGGCGCCUAUGAUUACCAGCUGUCUGCAGACCAUACACACGUUGCAUUCAUGAGCAACUAUUCUAAGGUAAGGUUGAGAUGAAACAUUUCACACAUUUAAAGACAAAACUUAUGAGUUUUUUUUUUUGAUCCUUCAGAUUUGGAGACAUUCAUUCACAGCUACAUACACACUUUAUGACCUGAAGACAAGGUAACCCUCUUAACGUUGAAUUUCUGCAUCCAAAUAUCUUAUUUUCUGCCUCCUAUGAAUUCAAACGUCGACUUUUUUUUCAUUUCAUCUCAGCAAAUUUCUCACAUCCUCCGGUAUUCCUCAUGAAGUGCAGUACUUUGCCUGGGCUCCUGCAGGAAACAAACUGGUAAGAGUGGACAGGAAAAUCAUCGGUUGUAUGUUCUUACCUCUGAGUGACAGUUCGGCUGAUGGAUGAGGGCUUCGGGUACAACCUUUUCCAAACACUCAAGCAGAGCAAAAAAAAAAAGGGUCGGAAAUGGGUUUGUUCAGAAGUCAGAAAGGAAUUCUUUGUCUGAACCAUGUGUUUGCGUUUUUAUUAUAUUUCAGGCCUACGUUUGGAGAAAUAACGUGUACGUAAAGACCAGCCCGGGGUCGCCACCGAAGCAGGUCACUGAUAAUGGCAAGGAGGGCGUGAUUUUUAACGGGCAUCCAGACUGGGUUUAUGAGGGUAAGUUGAACAUGAUAUAGAGUAAAUGUCACAUGGAAAUACACUUUUCAUCAAUAUGCCAUCUAAUGAAUGAACGCAGCAUCUCAUGUCUACAGAUAUCAUUAAAUAUUACGUCUAAACUUGAACUCAUAUUUACGUUUCCUGAUCUCUAGAGGAGAUGUUCUCAUCCAAUCAGGGCCUCUGGUGGUCACCUGGAGGAAAGUAUGUGGCCUAUAUUGAGUCCAACGACACGGAUGUUCACCACAUUGAGUACACUUGGUACGGAGAGGACCAGUACCCAAGCACCAUCUCCAUCCCGUAUCCAAAGGUGGGACACAUGUACAUCUGUGAUUUGACUCUUUCCUGAACGAGCUCUGUUGGGAUAAUCCUUAUAAUCUCGUGAUCCACACCGUCUUGUCUCGUACAGCCAGGUACCCCCAACCCUGUCGUGAAACUCUUCGUUGUGAACACUGACAACACAAGUCAGAUCACAGAGGUUGUCGUUCCAGCUUCAUUCGGAAAAAGGUACUUUGAUUUCUCUCUGAUUAACUCUGUACCGGGACAUUCAGUUCUGCGAGCAGGUGCGUAUAAAUCAGAAUAAUCAAAAGCUUAUGAAUCAUAAUUUUAUUGUUUGUUUUUUUUACUUACCUGCAGUGAACACUACUUGGCCACCGUCAACUGGGUCACAGAUGACCGCAUUGCUGUCCAGUGGUUGAAGAGGAUCCAAAACCACACCAUCCUUCAGAUUUACAACUUCAGUGAACCCAGCUGGACACCUUCAGAGGUAGGACAUGACACUGUUGUUGUUCAAACACUGAACUGGUAUCAAACUGGGCUCAACUUGCUUAUUGUUGAUUCAACAUGUUUACAGAGAGGGUGGAUAUUUUCUAUUCCAGUUUAUUAAGUUAGUCAAAAGGUUUCUUAAUUCUGCGCUGUGUUGCAACAUCUGUUUCUGUUGUCGGUAAAAAGGCCGGUGUUCGAUUGUGAAAUGUAGCGAAGUGAAGCAUAAAAAACAAUUUAAUCAUCAUGACUUUCAUCCUUUUACAGCAUCUGGAGCAGAUAAGUACCACGGGUUGGAUUGGGCGGGUACGUACAGUUGACUAUAAAUGAUGACUCAUGAUGUUUUUAUACUUUUAUUGAUAAUUUCUUGGGAAAGACCCAAAUUCUCCACGUGUGUUUGACUGACAAGUGAUACGUGUGCAACAAAACUUGACAAAUCAUAUCUGUCUCUGCCAGAGAGCGUCAUUCAGGGCUGGCAUGGGUUCCUUUAAAAAAUUUUGAUUGGCCGCCCCAAAAACCUAAGCUUUUGAACGCAGAGGUUCAAAGAUCAACAAACGCUUUAUUUUGAAAAUCGUCUUCUUUCUCAGUAGAUAGAGUGAUAAACAAAUAGGCUAUGGAAACCUUCUAUAUCUCUACUAAUGGCAAACAGACAAAACACAGAAACAAAACAAACCAAGACUGAACUAAAAUUCACUUCAAAAGGGAGGACAAAUUAAUAGGCUGAUCUUCUCUAAUCUUCAGAGGAAUAACUAUGAAAAUUUAUGAACAAAAAGCGCUUCAAAAGGAGGGAAACAAAAGGAGGCUACAAACUUUACUACACUGCACUCCUAGCUAGAAAAAACUGUAAGAAAACAAAGUCACUCUAAAAGGGAGGAAAAAACAACAAAGCUAUGAAACAGAAGAUAGAUCUAGAAACACUCUGGCACAGGACAAAGGGAGACGCCGACUAUAAGACACAUGAGGUUAAUGGGGAACAGGUGGAAACAAUCAGGGAUCAGGGGAGACGUCAGACCAGAGACACAAGAGGAAGGGCAAGUGACCUGAAACGAGAGGAGAGUUAUUUUUCAAAAUAAAACAUGCAAAUGACAAGACCGAAAAACCAGGACAAGACACCCCUCACCACGUUGUGACAAUAAAAGGUGGGACUUAUGUUAAAAUCUACUGUUUGGGUUGUGUUCACAGGCUGCAGCAGCUUUCUUUGAACUGAAAUGGAGCAAAUUUACUUUUCCAGAGCCUUCAAUUGUGACUCAGGAGAAAAAAUGUACUUUUCAAUCCUUAAAAAAAAGAAGUUUAGAAGAUUUUGUUUCCUUUAAAAUUCAAUAGAUGCACAGCAGCUGUAUGACACCUAAAGUAGACCCUAAAGAUAGAGAUAGUACAAGCUACUAAUCUAAAUACAGUAUAUGCCCACGUAUCCCCCACCACCCCUUCCCACGCCAUUACCCGAGCACUCAAGAAGUCCCCAACAAAUCCAUUAAUCCAACGUCUUUGUGCAACAUUUUCUCCUGACAAGUUGUUUUAGUUUUAAUUUUGUGACUUAAUUGAAAUUUUUUUUUGUUCCUUCUAGUUUUCACCACCAGAGCCGGUUUUUGCCGUAGACAAGAACAGCUACUACCUAUUGAUGAGUGACAAAAACGGGUACAAGCACAUCCAUCAUGUGGUCAAGGUAGGAGGAGAAUUUAUUUUAGUCUAUCCUUCAAUUUUGACGAAAUAGACUACAUUCAUUUUCCAAUAACAUGCCUCCACCCACAUAAAUGCUCCUCUUGCUUAUUCUUGUAGGAAGUGGCUACAGCUAUCACCUCCGGACCGUGGGAAGUCAUUAGUAUUCUGAAAGUAACAGCCGAUAGCGUGUAAGUUGAAAAACGCAGCAUCGUCUGCAUACAGCCUGAUGUUUACUGUGUUAUAGCAAACAUGGAGGCUUUGUGCUGUACAGUCAAACAUAAAAGUUGGACUUAUGAGUCUUCAAGAGUUUUAUUUAUUUAUUUAUUUAUUUAUUUAUAUGGUGAAAUUUUCCCCACAGUUAUUAUUCAAGUAACGAACAUGGCGGCAGACCAGGAGGCAGGAACGUUUACAAGUAAGCCUGUUUUUUAAAUCUUAUUUUUAUUCUCAUGUUGCUUGUCAUCUUAGGAUAACUAAAGAUGGAAAAAUAAUUCUUGAGGUUUAAAGUUUAUGCCUUUCUGUGUGUGUGUGUUUGAAUAUUAGGAGGACUGGGCAAGAGACCAAGUGUCUGACUUGUACGUUAUUUGAAAGUGAUUGUCAGUACAACUCGGUGUACUUCAGCCCUGGUGCCUCCUUCUACCGUAUGAGCUGCAGUGGUGAGUCAAAUAUUUCCCUAAAAGUCAUUUAUGUCUAAAAAUAUAUAUGCAUAUUGAAAAAUAUGUAUGUUGUACUUUUUAUACAAAGGUCCUGGCAUUCCUAUGCAUUCUCUGAGGGAUAACACGCAAGAUAAAGGUAAAUAGCCGUACUGUUUCGGUAUCUGAAAUGAUAAUAAUCAGUGAAAAUAUUAUCCUGAAGAGCUUUCUUUUUCUACUUUUGUAGACGUUAUGUUUUUGGAGGGCAAUAUUGAAUUUAAAAAGCACAUACGUGAGUUUCACAUGCCCACCAUGCGGCGGGAAAAAAUCAAACUUGGUGGAAAGGGUAAGUGAACGCAACUAUGAGACAUUUAGACUUUUAGGUAACGUUUAUGAAGUAAUUAAGUGUUGUUGUUUUAUCUCUGACAGAGCUCUGGUACCAGAUGUACUUGCCUCCUGGAUUUGAUGAAUCCAAGAAGUACCCGUUGCUGAUAGAUGUGUAAGGGUGAACAUAAAAACUGUUCAAAUCAGUGUGUUUAAGAGUCUUUCCAAAAGAGGGUAACUAAUCUGAUUACGCCAAAUCUUCCAGAUAUGCUGGUCCCUGCAGUCAGAAAGUAGACUUCGCCUACAGGGUUGGCUGGUCCACCUAUCUGGCCAGUACUGAGAAAAUCAUUGUCGCCAGCUUUGACGGAAGAGGAAGCGGCUACCAAGGCGACGACAUAAUGCACGCUCUCUACAAACGUCUGGGAACCUAUGAGGUGGAAGAUCAGAUAACAGCAGCCAGGUAAGAAAGACAAGCCACCGCAUCUCACGAUCGAAAGCAAACAGCUUCAACCUCUGGUACAAGCUCGAUCAAACUGGAUCCGACUCGUCGAUGGGGUUAAAACGCUUCCAGGCGAACACACACACAGGAAAUAAGUGUCACAGAGUUAUGAUGAUUACGAGACGUCCUUUUUCCUGUUGACGACCUUUCAAAUUACAUAACAGUCUGUCUUUGUGUUUUAGGGAAUUUAUCAAGAUGGGCUUCAUUGACAAAGACAGAGUUGCAAUUUGGGGCUGGGUGAGUUGUAAAAGAGUAAAAAUGUUAUCCGAUUUUUAUGCUCCUUCAGCAACAUUCAGCCUGCAUGUGGCAUUUUACAGUUUAGAGAGCAAUAAACGGCCUUAAAAACAAGUUAAUGUUUCACCUCCCUGAUCUGUACUGAAGGUUAGAGUUGGGAUGAGUUACACUGAUGAGAUGUUUAUCUGUCACAGUCUUACGGUGGAUAUGUGACGUCAAUGGUCUUGGGUGCUGGAAGUGGAGUUUUCAAAUGUGGGAUGGCAGUCGCUCCUGUCUCUAAAUGGAUAUAUUACGGUGAUUUUUUAUUGUACUUUAAAACAAGUUUUCCACGAUCUAAAUCUUCUAAACCUUGUAAACUCAUUUUCACACUUAUAUCUAUGUAUCCCAGAUUCAAUCUACACAGAGCGUUAUAUGCUGGAGCCUUCAGAAAAUCCACAUUUCUAUGCUGUAAGUAACUAUUUCAUACCUCAGAUCAUCUUUUUUUGGUUUGAUAUUGCCUGGAAUCACUCGUUAAUUUUAAUGUAAUUGUGCACAGAACUCUACGGUAACUGAAAGGGCCAAAAACUUCCAUGCAGUGAAGUAUCUCCUGGUUCAUGGCACAGCUGAUGGUGAGUUGUCCUGUAACCCCUUUUGAGUAAAACCACGAGUAAAACGUUUUUACAACUUAAAUCCAUCAUAAAAUAGAAAUAAUACGAUCGAAUGUGAUAAAUGGCCAAAGCAGAUUUUGUGACUUUUAGACAAAGCAGGCUACCAGUUUCCUCCACUUUAUGCUUUUAAGUUAGGCUGACGUGGUCUCCGUGUUCUCACCAGGGGUAUGUACAGUUUUGUGGCUUGGGGUGACACUGCCCCCAUUGACAGGCCACCCCAGGUACCCCCUUGACAUCCUGAGCUAUGAUUGUCAAAGUCAACCCUUUAGUUCCUCCAUAAAAAAGGAGGUGAGGCCACCCAAACAAGAAAAUGCUGGACACGCCCCUGCCUCUCAUUAAUAUAGCAGAAAAAUAAGGAAUUUCUUGAAAUAUUUCUCUAUUCUUUUAAACUUUAAAGAAAUCAUUGUGUUGGAAAAUUUGCAUCUUACAAUCCUUGGACUUUGGAGCCAUCUAAAGACCAGGAUAAUAUAAUUAUGGUGUGCUGUUGUUGACUUUUGUCUUUGUGUUUGUUAGACAAUGUUCACUUCCAGCAGGCAGCUGAGAUCUCUGAAGCUCUCGUUGACGAGGCCGUGGACUUUGAGGCGAUGGUGAGUGAUCAGUAAAAGGAAAAGUUGGAUGUAGAAAAAGGAUCGAGGAGCAUGUUUGAUAAUCUGGUACCAACAGUAAUUUUUACCUUUUUCUUACAGUGGUACACGGACAAGGAUCACGGCCUCACUGGCUCCGCCUAUCAGCACGUCUACACCCACAUGUCCCACUUCCUGCUGAGGUGCUUUGAGUGAAGUCCUCCCGAUCACACCGGGAUCUGUUUUCAUGUAAAUAAGAACAAAAUCAUCAGGGGAUUAAACUCAAAUUUUGGAUGCUGACUUGAUUUUAAAGAGCCGCGAUGAAGUAAAUGACAACUGUGAUUCCUCCUGUGACACAUUUACAUUUUAUGUUUAAGCCGGUAUCAUGUAACAAGCUUAAGCAGAACCAGGACACUGAUGUAACAAUGUGAAGGUGUAAAACUAUAACUACACACUGGCUGCUUCAUAAUGACAGGGUUUUGUAGAAUAAUAACAAACUGUUCACACAAACACAAAGCACAAGUUUGACUAACUUUGCCACACUGCUGACUGUUUGAUAAGAUGAUUGUUUUGUAAAUAAUAAAGAAUUUAAUGUUAAAAUAAACUUCUUGUUGGAAA